ACCGUGUGCGCUAUGAGCAGCGAGCAAUCAAUUGCGCCAUGGCGACUCAACAUUUGUCGAGGGCUGCGACACGGCACUGAACCGCACCCAAGAUCUCCUUUAGGACGAAUGGACCGCACAAAGCUGCCGGACGCAUCAAGAAAGGGGGUGCUGAUCACGAUCCUGAAAAGACAGCCGGCGAUAAGCUUCAGAACACCCGACUCCGUCGAGAUUCUUAUCGCGUUUCAAUUCCAAACAAACAAAGCAAGAGGCGUGGCCAGCAAGUUGCAGCACGGGGCUACCGCCACUUACACGUGUAAGUAAAGGGCAGGUAACGACGAUGCAAUUGAUUCGAUAACCGCCCGGGCAGCUCGGCCAUCUCAAAGAAAGAAAGAG